UCACUUGGACUGGCUGGCAGACAAGACAUCCACAUUUCAUUCUGGAGGACUCCUCUUGGCUCUUGGCUGUGAACUGACUGGACUGACUGAAGUGUUCCUCUGUUUUGCCUCCACAUUUUUUCCCUGUUUUUGCUUGUCUAAAUUCUGUGAAUCAUUCCUUAUUCACUGUAGGCCAACCUCCGGAUUGAUUCACUGACAAGUGUUAUGUAUGAGGAAUAUCCACAUCGUUUAUAGUUGCCGUUUGAUUCUGGGAGUUAGCUUGUAAUUGUCAGGUUUGAGUUGACCAUCUGUUCAGAGACUUGACAGGAGGACCACUGCCAACUGGUACUCCACUUGUCUCCAGUUGACUAUCAUAAGGUGUGUGAUUGAGGAGCCAAUGCUGGACGACUAUUAACAGGUGACUUGUGAUCAAAAGGGGAUGCCUGGUGAACUAGGACGACAUCGCGGCAGGACUAUGACUUGAAAAAGAGGGGGGCUUGGAUACUCCAAAAUCCAUCUUUAGUAAUCAUGGAGGUAAUGGAUACUGAUGACAGUGGUUCUACUAAAAAGUCACUUUGUACUGAAGUGAAGAAAAAUGAGAAAUCUGUUUGUGCUACCAUUGACAUCACGCCAGUCAGUAUCAUUUGUGACAGGGAGCAAGCUGGUAUUGACGUGACCAGGCCAACUUUGGGGAGCUCAAAUACUGGCACUGGUAUGCCAGCUGAAGAGAGAGCCCACACUGAUGUGAGAAUGACUACUGCAGAGAGCUCGGAUAUGACUGUUGCAGAGAGCUCCAACAACAAAUCUGAUAAAAUUGAUGCAUUUAUAUGUAAGGAUACUGCUGAAAGACUGUCCACAGAAAAAUGUGAUAAAGAUCUAGGGAAAAUUGCUGAGUUGACAAUGGAUACUACCAUGAUGGAAUCUCUUGGCCUGCGGCGUGUUUGUUCAACUGAUACUGUGAAAACUGGUCUAGAUUUAUCACAGAAUGCUCCUGAAAAAGUUGUUCCUGGUUUUGCAGAAAAACCAGUUACUGUUUGUGGAGAAAACAAAGUGUGUGAUUUCACAGUAAGUUUUUUGGAGUCGACACAACGUAUGAUGCAAUUUGCAGAGAUUUUAUACAAAUGUAAGCUCUGCACAUCUUUACCUUCAAUUCUCACCUCGAAAGAUAACUUCCUCAUGCACGUGAAGGAUUUUCACCUAAAGGGAAACUCUGCUGAUGAUUUCGACUGUGAUGACUGCGAUUUGAAAUUCCGAACUUUGGAGGAUUUGAAGCUGCAUUUUCGUGUUUGCCAUGGUUCCUGUGAGAAGAAUGAGACAUAUACCAGUUACAAUUGUGCCAAGAACUCUACAAGUUCUGUUUCUAAUAUCAAUCUGUUUUCUUUGCGUGAUUCGAAGUCCUCUGAUUUCUGUGAUAUGGACAGGAGUAGUAGUGAAAGUGAAACCGAAUCUGAUGAUUUGAACAUCAUUGGCCCGUCCUCGAAUGUAUCCAAUUGUGAAAUUCAAAGUUCUAAACCCAAAAUGUUCAAUUUUUCUGGUGGGCGGGGGACUAAAACACGCAAAAGGAAGUCUGUUCCAAACAGACUAAUGGAUAGUACGACUGGUAUUGAAAUUAGUCGUUGUGAUAUUGGUGAAAAUUUGACUGUCAAAAAUGUCAAAGUUGAGCCAUGUGAUUCAAAUGAUUACCAUGGUAACUCGACCUCUGUUGACCCAGGUAGUGUGUUUGGCGAAUCAGAAGUUAACCGAAAGAGGACAAUGGUGCAUAUUCUUAGUCCUGGGCAACAGACUCACACCAUACACUGGGGACGAGGUCCGUCGUAUGUCAAUUCGGAUGAAAAGGUUGAAACAUCUGAACCCGUUUGCAAAAAGAUAAAAAUUCUCGACAAGGUUGUAAAAAUUCCUAACCCAAAUUGUGCGGAGGAAAAUUCAACUGAUUCUGAUAAAGUAGAGUGUCAGUCGUCCUCUGCGGAUGCUGAUGGUCCAUUACAAAGCACACCUUUGAUGCAGCCUAUUCCUGCAAUUCAUGACAUGCAGAAGUAUUCGAAGUAUCUGUCACGGAAGUCGUUUUUCAAUAUGGCGGCACAUCAGAAAUUAAAGUCGUCUGCGAUCUACAACUUGAUCUCCACUCAUAUGCAAAAGGACACUGUCACGGGUUCUCAUGGGAACCGAGAGGAUGAGUCACAAAGGGAAAGUGCCCAGCAUAAUGUCCAGCAAAAUGUCCAGGAAAGCGUCCCCAAAACUGCCCAGCAAAAUGUCCAGAAAAAUACCCAGGAAAAAGUCGCGAGAAGUCCAAAUUUCCACAUUCUUUCUGCAUCCGAUCGUCUUAAGUCAUUCAUAAAACAUAAAAGUGACGAUCUGUUGAAAAGAAGGACUGGUACCAAAACGAAUCCUGUGGAGCAAAACGUAAAAGCGUAUGUACAGAUGGAACCUGAGGACUUCUCGUCCACUUCAGCGAACUUUUCCUCCCAUCGGAAGAAUGAAACUUCAAGUCUGCACAAAACAUGUGGGAGCUUGCCUGCAAACUGUUCCGCUAAAUGUACUGUCUCUUCUGGUCCAGAGGGACAACAUUCUGACUCCGUUGCGGAUAAAUUUCAAAAAUGUUCACACGACUCUUCCACGUCGGGUCCAAAACAAGAAAAAAGUAUGACGUCCUCGGCUGCGUCGACUGCCACCACCUCAAAUCAGGACCUCGACCUUCUGAAAACGAAUCCACUUCCGCUGUUGAACAUGCCCACUGGUGCCUCCUAUAAGUGCUUCCAGUGCGACGAGUACUUCACGGACUUCAGUGCGUAUUGCAGCCAUUACAAAAGGAUGCACGAUUCCGACAUGCCAUAUGGAACGCCGAUACCAAAAAUGGAACAAUGCAUCGCCCUUGUGAAAGCCAUACAGACUUUACUAGUCGCCACACAUAGUGGUUACGUCAGCAGGGACUCCAUUCUGAAGGAAGCAGCCAAGGAGAUUGGCAGCACGCAGGUGGAGUCGUGGGGCGCUGCGUGCAACCGGGCAGUCAAGGAGGUGUUCCCGUAUUCGCAGACCCACCGCAAGGGAAAGUACAAGGAUACCUACUAUUUUGGUGUCAAAUUUGUCGAGGCUUCAGACACCGCAGAAGACACGGAUGAGGAGAAGUCUGUGCCACCUGGUGACAACCUUUGGGGAAAUCGACAGCCUAAGAGCUCAGCUAAAGAGUCUUGUGUUGACUGGGAAAAGAUUCAUAGAGUUCUACCAGAUCUAGUAGCAUGGCGUGGGGACGAGGAUGCCAAGGUCCCACGGGCCGAUUUAAUCGCCUUAUUACGCUACAGCUUAAAGGAACUCGACACAUCCAGCAGCAACUGGGGUUGGCAAUGCAACAGGGCCGUCCGCCUCUUCUUUCCCGAGGUUGUGAUUGAGCGAAGGGGAAAACAUAAACAUACCUACUAUCAAGGUCUCUGCUACAAGGAGCCAGCUGCAGUUGAAGCAAAGCUUGCGGACAUUUCGAGCAAGUGGAAGGAUACUAGUCAUGAUGAAGUCGACGAUGUCUACACUGGUCUUCAUUCAAACGAAGAGGUGGACAGCAAGUCGGAAAAUUCUGAUCCUACAGAUUCUGAACUAGUAAUGGAUGAAGAUUAUGCUAUGAAAGAGGCUGCAGACUCUGAAGCUCAUAAAUCACUGAAACUGAGGGUAUGCCGCGCUGUCGCAAACACCAAAGGACCGCUAACGACUCCUAGGGCAGUGCAGAAAAAGCUCAACAAUGUUUCGACAGUGAUUGUUACAGCCAUGUUGAAAGAGUUGUCUGCGGAGGGCUAUGGCACGAUACAACAACCUCUACAACCUCGGGGACGCAACAAAGUCGUCUUUUUCAAAUCAUACCCUGGGACGAUGCGGGAGGUGGACUUGCUCUCUGGGACUGGAAUCUCUGCUGUAACUUAUAAGGAGAACUUUAGGGACUUAUCCGAUCCUCCGAUUCGAGGAAUGUAUCAUCGGCACCCACAGAUCGGCCUUAUGACGGACUUUAUCAAUAUUUGAACUUGAUGUUUUCACUGGUGUGGAAAGACCAGCUGAAGUGGGAGACUUUCGUGCUAAGCAGUUUGCCAUGGUGCCGGAUGUGGUGUCAAAUGCCAUCUAUGCAUUAUAUACAUGUAUAUGCCAUAAUUGUCCUUCGUUUUAUUGGAAUGUUGACAAUUCAAUUCAAGUGAACUCAUCCCUGCAACCUAGUUGUGUCUUUUUCCUCAAAUAAAUGU